GCUUGGGAUUCAAUUCUCUCAUUCAAGCUCUCAAGCAGUAGGUAACUCGAAAGUCUGGGUGUUACAAAUGAAACUUAAUAAAAAUGCAAUAAACUAAAAAGAAAUAAAAAUUGAUAACUGAUUCAACGAAGAAGGAAAAAAUUGUAAUUGAUGAUUAGACUCGUUCUUAAUUUGUUUCACGGUAUAGGUGGGGAGCCAAACGCGGCUCAGGAAACGCUACGAGGGGCAUGGCGAGGGAGAGCUCGUUCUCAGCUUCAGCAAGAUCAACGCCCCCCGACGGAGUAGUCCACGUGAA